AUGUUGAUGACAUCGUCCAGCUGUUGUUCCGGUUCUUGUUGUUGGGUCCUUUUCGUCGUCUGCAGGAGAUCCAAGCGUCCCAUGGCAUCCACGAUGGCCUUGGGAGACUGCAAUGUAGGGUUUGUGCGAAAGAUGGAACGACGGCGGCCGUCAAAAGCUGGGAAAGAAGGCAGUCGUCGUGGUGAUGUGCCUCGAUGGAAUCCGACGGAUGCCUUGAAGCGGUGGAUCCAAGGUGCUCCGAGGGCUCGAGGACGGUGGUUCUGGCCCAUGGGUGAUCCUGUGGUCCUGCGGGGUAGCUGGGGUAGCUGGGUUUCCCUUGGAUCGGAGGUUCAAGGGCAGGAAGCAACGCCAAAGACUGAUCAUUCGUCUCUCGAGAUCCGACAGUCCGGCAGAGAGAGUCGGCAUCCAAUGCGGACCCGUUUGAGAUGA